AUGCAUAAAAGUAAUUUACAAGAAUUUUUAUCACCAUCAAAUCAUAAUAUUAUUGAUGAAAGUUUUACUGAAAUGAAAAAAUGUGUAAAUGGGUUAAGAGAUUUUAGCGGGCAAAGUCCAUCGAAAAAACCCAGUGACCUAAUUAAUGGCUGGGAUGAACUCUAUGAACAGCUAGAUUUAGAUCCAGAUGAGAUCGAUUUUGUUCCUGGUAAUUUCACGAAUACCAAUGUGGAGACUUGGAGGUGGCAAGCCAUGGAUUCAUCAUUCACGUCAGUUAACAGCGCAACUGUUCCAUCUGUCGCUCCGAAAACAACUCCAAAGAAGAGAAACCGGAGGUCAAAGAAAAAACAUAAUGCUCAAAGAAUGGAAGUGAAUAAUCUGAGUAAAGAAAACACUCAGCCUAUGACUGAAAAUGUAGAGGAAAUAGAGGAAAAUUUAUUCUAUCCCAAAGAGACUCUAAAUAUACCAGAAGCUGUGAGCUUUUCACAAAAUAUGGAUCAAUCUGAUAUGACCACAAAAGUCAGGAAUGAUACUGAAUGCAAAUCAGGUGAGGCUAACAGCAGGAACAUAGAAAUGGACCUCUCCACAAAAGACGGUGCACACAUUUCUUAUAUUAAAAAUGUGGAGACAAAGAUAAACUUGUCUCCAGAUGCAGCAGAGUUUCAUCCCCAGCCACCGAUGGCUCACCAACAGGCAGUGAAACUAGGUCAACAGGGGCUCUCGCCGGUCAAAAUGAAAGAGCCUUCUGGAAAUUUAGACCCCCAGCCGCAGACUCCAGUAGCUGGAUCACCCAAAAAGAAGAAGUCCGGUAAAGCAAAGAAACGAGAACGUGGACUUUCCGGCGGUCUGAACCAGCAACAGUUGGCGGCCACUGAG